AGUGAGCCACGCACACGCUUGCUCCUACACAUCUCAUCUUCACUGCCUCUCUACCAACCUCCACCAAUCAUUACUUCCCAGGAACCCCAAGUAGCAAACUUCCACGCGAUUAUGUGCUACGAGCGGUACAAAGGGUACUCGGUAUGCUCGCACGCCGACCCUCAGAGCACUCCCACGGAAUCCAAGCUCUGCGAUGAGUUCAUCAACACGGGCGUCUGCAAGAUGGGGAAGAAGUACGUCCUAGUAACCUCGGAGUCUACGCCAAGUCUAUGUCGGAGAUGCUGGGAGCUCGAGGUCAGGCUCGAAAUGUCCAUCGGCAGCCUAGAUGAUUCGCUGUCCGGGUCCGACACGUGGAGGCUGUGGCGCCGUCUAGGUUGGAAGCACAAGGACCUGGUGCUCGUCGUGGAUAUCAUCUACGUGGCCCAGAUGGCGCAGACCCAGAUGUACAGGUGGGAAGGACCGAGGCAUAAUGAGCAGGUUUUUCUCAAGAAGUGGAUCGACGUCUUUGAGGACUUCAAGGAUUGGCUGUGGGAACGCCUGGAUAAGAGGAAUGGCGAGGGACGCUUGUAUUUCCCGCCAGGAGAGGAGAGAGGUGUAAGGAUUGAGAAGAAGAGUGUUUUAAGACAUCUUGUUAGCUGGAUGUUGAUAAAUAUGGCCCGAGGCAAAUUCAACAACCUCGAAAUCAUCACGUUCAGGGAAGGCCUGGAGAAAGCAUUCAACGACCUGAUCUAUCAGUGGGACACGCAUUUCCUCGAAGACCCGGGCAGCGAGCCAGCCAAGGAGGAAUUCACCAAGUAUUGGAUGAGUUGGUUUGGUAUAAGAGAUGGGGAGCAAGACAGGCCGUGAAAGACACUUCUUGAGUACAUGACUUGUUUCUCGUGCUGCUUGACCGGCGUAAAUUAUUGGGGAUGGGAGAUCACGGGAUACACAGCGAUAUUCGUCGGGCGAAAAA